AUGUCGAAGCACUCCCACGAUGUCCUCGACACAGCCGUCGCGUUCCUCCAAAAGCGGGACGGCACCGACAAAGUGCUGAAAAUAUGCCGGUACUCCGUCAAGCUCCUCCUCGCCGUCGCCUUAAAACCGCACGCCGGUCAAACAGCCGGCUCCAGCUCUCAGUCAGAAACCGUGCGACGGCUCAAGAGCUUCGAGUCGAGCGUGGGAGCGAGUCGGAAGGCGCUGCGCGUGGGAAAGUUCUUGCAGGACGUGGAUGCGCUGAGGAAGGCUCCGCCGUUCAGCAGCGCCGAGGGGUUUCUGGAGCUCGUCGCGAGCGGCGGCGAGGGAGUUUAUUACUUCGUCGAGCAGCUCGUGUGGCUGGUCAAGGCCGGCGCCUUGGACAAGAAGCACUCGAGGCAGCUCCAGAAGAUCAGCGCAUGGGCGGAGUUCGUAGGGUAUUUCGGAAGUGUAGCCUUGAAAUCCAUGGAGAUAACCACCCUCUUGCACAAAGAGCGAUCAGCUUCAUUGCAGAUCAGAAUACAGCCAAUGCCAUACUCCAAUGGUGGAUCCUGCCAAUCGCCUGAUCAAGCUGGUAGCAGCAGCAUGGACAUGACGUCAUCAUCAGAGGAGGCUGCAAGGAAGCUUCUGAAAGCUCUCCAAUUCAAGCGGCUACUGAAGACGUUGGCUCUCAUCCAGGACCUAUCAGACGCCCUCCUGGCUCUGCAUGACAUUCUAGAAGAUUCCGAUGGGAACAGCCCUUUGGGAAAUCCCGCGCUUCUGGCUGCGUGUGGGUUGCUGUCCGCGUUGAUAUCCACACACAAGACAUGGGUCUCUGUCUCAGGGUGA